AUGGGCUUGAUAACAUCAAUAAUCUCAAAUGCUAUGUUGCUAGCAGAAGAUUGUUACGGAAACUAUGUGGUGCAAUUUAUAAUUAAAAUGAAGUUUCCGUUAGUAAAUGAACGGAUGAUAGCAAAACUUUGUGGAAAAUUUGUUAGACUCUCUAUGAACAAGCAUGCUAGCAAUGUGGUGGAAGAUUUAAUGAGAUGUUCUAAUCAAGAUGAUGUUAAUGCUAUAGUAGAAGAGCUAAUAAGAAGCACUGAUUUCUUGAAUGUUAUUCAAGAUCCUUAUGGGAAUUAUGUUGCACAAAGAGCACUAAAAUGCACUAAGGGCUAUCUACGUAGAAAACUUUGUUUUACCAUUCGAUCCUACCACAACGAGCUUCAAAACCAUCCACAUGGAAAAAUAGUGUUGGACAAUGCCAAAUCUAGCAAGCGAUGA